AAACUCAACCCCCUUCCACAAGAUUUAAUCGAACUACGCUUGCUCAGAUUUAGUGCGUUUCGUUCAUGAACAUCAAAACAAAGAAAUUUCAGAAUUCAGAUUCCAUUUCCUUUAAAUUUUCGAGAAUGAAAAGAUUCUUCCCAUCCGUGGUUUUUCAGUGAAUCUUAAACCAUCGCCAUGCCGUGGUACGACAAUUUAAUACCAGAAUCAAUCAAGAAAAGUGUAUGUUCGUGCCUAAUUAAACGGUACCUAAGUCAUUUUAUUGAAAACGAAAUAACCAGGGACCAAUUGAAUUUGGACCUCUUUAAUGGUAGAGCAUCAGCAGAAAGGAUUAGCCUUGCCGUAGAGGCCCUUAAUGAACUUGCUGACUCCCAAAACUGGCCCCUACAAUUUGUAGAUGGGUACAUAGACAAAAUUCAUAUCUAUGUACCAUGGACUUCCAUAUUCAGUGAUUCAACUGAGGUUGAAAUCUCUGGCCUCAAAAUCACUGUUCAGCCAAAGCAAAUUAAAGAAGAUGCCACCUCAAUGUUUGAAUCUAUGUGGAACUCCAUGACCAGCUCCAUGCAGCUUGCUCAGGAGUAUGCCAAAGGGGAAUCUGCAAAAAAGGAAUCAAGCUAUCAAACAUUUGAGGGAAUUGAACAGUUUGCCAAAACUAUUGACACAGUGGUUAGGAAGGUAAAAGUUAAGCUAAGCAAUACAGAGUUACAAAUUGAGCACUUGCCAAAAGUAAAUGACAAAGGAGUUGGUUUACUUAUUAAUAUUGAUUCGAUGGAAUAUUAUGACGACUACAGCACAGAAAAGUUUUGUGACCAAGAUACUUUGGACCCUUCAAACCCAGAAUCACAAAAGGCAUAUCUCAUAGACUCAUUUGCAACAAAAAAUUUAAUUUUACAGGGAGUGAAUAUAUCUACUGUGGAGUUUUCAAGUGUGGAUAAAACAGUUUCUAAGUCGUUAAAAAGACAAGAAAGUAAAGACUCUUCAAAAGGCAGUGAAUACUUUUUUAAAUCGACUACUGAAUCCCACGAUGAUGAUUCUGAAAGUGAAAGUGGGCACAUUAAUGAAGAAAUACUUGACAGGCAUGUCAUUUUGUGUGGUAAAUGUUAUAAUAAUCAAGAGGUAAAACUUAAACUGAAGCAAUCAGAAAACAUAAAUGGUCCAAAGGUGUCCAUAGAGGUAAACUUGGGGUCACUCAUUUUAUUUUUGUCUCCAAGGCAGUUUCAUAUUUUGGCAGAGCUUGUGGAGGGAUUUUCUAAAGUUGAUUUGGAAGACAAAAGUAAAGUAGUUCACAAAGAGUCGCCCCGCAGUAAACCAAUGACAGAAAAAGACUAUAAAAUCGUUGAACAGCAACUUCGUGAAAUGAUAACCCAGAAUAGAAAUCUACAGGGUUUUAACUUGUUUCAAGGACACGGUUGGUCUACAGGGGCUUUAGACGAAAGUACCGAUAGCCUGUACGUGCCAAUGCCAUCAGCCGACAAUAACAUGCACGACAGUACAUUAAGCGGCUGCAGCAGUUCGAUGGAAUCUAGUACGACUUCCAGUAUGAUGAGUUUUAUGACCGAGAAUACAUCACAAACUAAAAGAAAAUCAACAAACAUUGAGUUAGAUCCAACAGCGGAAAUAUCCCAGUUUCAAUUGCGCGUGGCAACAUUAGCGGUGAUCCUCUUGCACGAAGAUUUGUUAACUCACACAAUGGGAACGGAAAAGAUGUUGGUUUGGCAAAUGCGUAACUUAGCACAAAAGUUUUUUGAUAGCGUCAAUUUCUCCAUUUUUUCUGGAGUCAUUUCGGAUGGAUUUGAAUAUGUGCAUAAGGCGUUGGAUAAUGCUUGUAAUAUGAGUCACUUGAGACUGUUAGCGUCUCCCGUUAAACUAGAAGGCAAUGAAAGCACUAGCAAUAGCACCUUCUCAAUUAAAGGAGAUCUCACCGUAUCCAAAUUAGAAUUAACGGAAUACCUUCAUACCGGGGGAAUAACAAACAUCCCCAUUUUGAACUUCCAGCUUCCCCAAAACGCAAAAAAACCUAGCGCAGCCAAACCCAACUUAGCUGUGAAAUUCAAACAUAAGAAGCGCAUUGGAAAACGUGCGAACGUCGGAAAAAAAAGCGGACCAAAAACUGACAUUUCGAUGCACCUGGAGAAAUGUUCUCUGGAAUUCGAUAUUUCCAUAAUAGACAGAAUAGCUCCCCUUAUUUAUCAUCCACCGAUUUGUAAAACUGAUCAGAAAGAUCCAAAUGCUUUAGUUACUAAUGAAGGGCAGAUUUCAUCUGUCACUUCAGUGCAAGAUCUAAAAAUCUCUUGUCCUUCGUUUAACUUUAAGUUAAGAUUUCCAAUUCCGGACUUUAGAGCCGCAACAGAUAUGAGUAAAGUUCCGUGGUGGGACAGAAAUGUGCGGCCGGACUAUCUCUCGCUCAAUCUGCAAAACGCAACAUUUCAUACGAUGUUUCAAACCGGCCAGACUUGUAGCGAGUAUGAGGUGGAUUGUAAAUUAUUAGACAUUUAUUAUUUUGAGAGUGAAAACACUACUGGUAUACACGUGGCACGGUCUGGCAAGGAGGAAAAAUACACUGUGUCUGGUCCGAGUAGCAAAUCUCAUGCCAGACUAUCCAUCAAAUUUUUCCCAAAGAAACUCGAUGACGAAGAUGAUCACGAUGAAAUCCCAGAUCCAAUGACGCAUUCGUUCUAUGGCGUCUUUGAGAACCAAGGCAACCCAGACCCGGGUCCUUUUGGUGGUAAAAGAGUGGUCCAUGAAAGUGACACUCCUCACAACCGGGAAAGCAAUGAUGUUUCAGAAGCCGCAGAACAAGUUAUUCCCGGUGAUAAGUCGGAGCUGAACAACUUUAUAGAAACGACAACCUCGAACACAGAAAUUCUCGUUGAAGUGGCUUUACCAACGGUUUCAAUUCAAUUAGGCUCGAAGCAUAUUUACGAGCUGAUUUAUAAUAGGAUUAAUAACGAUCUGCUGCUCUGGGAAUCCCAAGCCCCCAAACCCUGUACUAAUAAAACUCCGUUAAUGCAGUUUAGUAAUUUGGCAUUAGACGAUAAGUUCAUUGUUGCGAAUGCUGGAUAUCAGUAUGAGUCCGAUAGCAGCUCUAGUGAAGACGAGGAACCACUAAACGUUUUUUACUCAGCUUAUGAUAUUAAACAUAGCUCUAAAUAUAUGCCUAUGCCUCAGAGACGGACUAGCCAAAGCGAGUUUGUAAUGUCUUUAAAUAUUUUAGAGGGUAUUUUAGAUUUAAAUCCGCCGGCUAGAGAUAGCACAGAUAAUGUUAUACCAGGACAAGAAGGUGAAUUGUUGUUAAAAGUUAGUAACGCAAAUGUGUUUAUUGUAAGUGGCUAUAAGGGUGAUACCGAUUUGGGAUAUGUAUGUGUACAAGUCAAUAACGCUCAAUUAUUUCACUGUGAUAUUCAACCUACUAAACCAUCCAACUCGCCAUUAAAAGAUAUAGGUGCCAUAAUUGGAAAAGACCUGUUUCCUACCAUAUACCAAUCCGAACAAAAAAGCAUUUUAAACUCGGGCAAUCGGAGUGGGUUCAGGGAAAUGUUUACUGUUGCCUUGAAGAUACAGGCCAAUCAUGAAACGCACCAUGUAAAGGUUGUGACCGUAUCCUUAGGCCUUAAUAAAGCAACAUUGAGACACAAAAUGGGCCAACAACCGAACACCUGGAUUUCACAUAUCAUAGAUUUUUUCAACGUACAAGACUACCCGAUAGCGGGCUACGUAGCCAAAGACGUACUGACCGAAUUGCACGUCCAUUUAUGGGAUUGUGCCGUAGACUACAGGCCCCUACACGUACCAAUAAGAUCGGUCAUUACAAUAGGAGCUUUUAGUUUAUCCUCGCAUUUGACGGCUGCCGCGAAUACCUCGACUCUAACGUUGAUGUUUGAGGAUUGCGGUUUAUUUUUGAGCGAUAAGGCACCUCCGAAAAAUGGAGUUGCUUCUACUGUUAAAGUGGAUCUACAGAGGGAUUAUAUUAAUGUUUUGGAAUUGGGGCUUUUUGAAAUUAGUAUUAGAACCACCGAUAAGCAAAGCGGCAUAAACCCUCACAUAGACCUACGAACAUCAAUUAACAUGCUACACAUAAGAACUUGUUCAGACAGCGGUCGUGCCCUUUUCCAGCUACUCACUUACUACAUAAGUAAUGGCGAUCUUAAUUUAAAAAAAAAUUCUGAGGAAGAACCCGACUUAAAAUCUAGAGUAACUGAACCUGAACCAAUUACGUUAAACCCUAGUGAGAAUUCUUUAAGUAAAAGCAAAGAGGAGCAAAUUUCUGAGUUGCUCGCGGAUGCUAUGAAGGAGAGUCCUAAGCAAAAUUCCAAUGUAGCUUCAAUGCAACCAGGCGCUAAACUAUUCUAUUUCCCUGAUGAGAAAGAGGCGGUAGAAGAACUACCGCCCCACAAUACGCAUGUAAUGGCUGACUUGGGAGAAUGUCUACCCAAACACUUUUCCAAAUCUCCAAGCAGUCCCAAUACAGAUGAGGAGUUUUGUGUUGUUGGUGAAGAAGCUUUGCGUCUAAACGAGGGUGUGCCUGUGGUAACUUGGCAUAACGAUACUAUUGAGUUUGUGGAAGAUCAUUUUAGCAGCCCUGAAAGGGGAAGAAGAGAUCCUUUGGCUCCGCCAAAAGACUUCCCCACUCCUACUUCUCGCUACACGCUCUGCGACAUGUCGAUAGUUUGGCAUAUGUACGGAGGACACGAUUUCAAAAGGAGGGAUGACCCUAAGAAGGGAGUCAAGUUUUCCGAGAAACAGCUUAGCGACACUGUCAGCUUUUCGAAAAACAAAGUGACACUGAGCCAAGUCGAUGACGCGAGAACCAAAGAUCUGACUUGGAUGCAGAAAGGAGGUCCAGGGAGAGACCAUGCUGUUUUGAUGGAGCUUCAGUUGAGUAAGGUGAAAUUUAGCCAUGAAGUUUAUCCGGACACCGCCAAGGAAGCUUCAAGACAAGUUCUAUCAAUUUGCGAUGUUGAGAUCAGAGACAGAUUGGCUACCAGUCAAAUUAAUAAAUUUUUGUACCAAUAUUCUCGUCAAUCCAUUCCGAGGGAACCUAAUUCGAAUAUGAUUUUAAUAAAGGCAUUACACGUGCGCCCUGACCCAAAGAUAAAACGAGAAGAGUGCGAUCUAAAAAUUUCUAUACUACCAAUAAGGUUGAACAUCGACCAAGACGCAUUAUUUUUUAUGAUCAAUUUCUUUAAGGAACUUGGGAGUGAUGGUCAUGACAACUUAGCCACAGGUAAAUUGUCGUCCGAGAGGGGUAGUUUUAUAAAAGAUUUUUCAGGAAAAGAAACUAAUCCUACGCACCAACCGCCAAUCAUGACAGUUUCCAUUGAUAAUGAAGAUGAAAUCACCCAACAAGCUAUCGAGACUGUAAAUGAGAACCUUAUUUUGCUAGAAAGUCGGUACCAUGCGGAACCUGAAGAGUUGGCUGAAUCUGAUGCUAAUUCUGGUGCUACUGGUGAUGACGAUGCACCUAUUUAUUUUAGAUACGUUGAGUUUACGCAAGAUGUCCUGAUUCGUCUGGAUUAUGAGGGCAAACGGGUCGAUAUGAGCCAUGGUCCUCUAGCAGGUAUCCUUAUGGGUUUGGGACAUCUCAAAUGUUCGGAAAUUAGACUGAAACGGCUCGUUCACCGACAUGGUCUUUUGGGUGUAUCCAAGCUGAUUGGUUAUUUGUUGCAAGAGUGGAUCAGCGACAUUAAAAGAAAUCAACUGUCAAACAUUUUGGGCGGCGUAGGACCCAUGAAGGCAGUGGUACAGCUCUUCCAAGGGAUAAAAGACCUCUUCUGGCUUCCAAUACAGCAAUAUCAGAAAGACGGUAGAAUAGUCAGAGGUUUGCAAAGAGGCGCAAACAGUUUUACUACAUCUACGGCAGUGGCUGCUUUAGAGCUUACGACUAGACUAAUCUAUUUCAUUCAAAUUACUGCCGAGACGGCGUAUGAUAUGCUCUCUCCAUCAGGACCUAGUAUAAGGACAAAGAGGCUCGCCAAACGGAAGAUUCGCCGAAAACGCUACCAUCAGCCUCAAGAUAUAAGGGAGGGGUUGAACAAUGCCUGUAUCGUUGUUAAAGAGGGUAUCGGUGAAACGGCCGAUAACAUUAUUCAAACCGCGGCAAUGGAAAAGGAGCAAAAAGGCAUCAGUGGUGCAGUUGGAGCUGUCAUUAGACAGAUACCGCCUACGAUUCUUAAACCUAUUUUGAUCGCUUCCGAAGCUACAACGAACGUUUUGGGUGGAAUGCAAAGCCAGUUAGUACCAGAUGCCCGAAAAGAAGCCAACGAAAAGUGGAGAAGUGAUCUAUUAUAGGGACUAUAUUUUAAUAAAUGUGAUCCAAUUAUAUAGAGUUAAGACUAACGAAACGUAUAUUGUUAAGAAAGAAAGUCGUUUGAAUCUUAUUGGUUGAAAUCUAAGCGGCACAGAUGACUGAAUUCUGUACCUGUUAGAAAAUAUUAAUAAAACGUGAUAUUAUCAUACGGACUUUGUUAGAAUAGAGGAGGUAUCGAGUUUAUAUGCAGAAAAGGAUAUCUUUAGAUUUGUUGAGUGCAAGUGAAAUAAUUGGACAAUUAGACUGUUUUGAAUGCCAUAGAAACUGAUUAAAGGUAUCCUCUUUGUACGUGUAUUUUAUUUACUAGAUUUUAUAUAUUUUGUAUUAUGGUAAUUUUUAAUGAAUUGUUGAAUAAAUUUGUAAUAGCCGA